GAGUAAACAUGUCGUGGCUCCUCGCUCUCUUGGCCACCGCGCUCUCAGUGGGCCACGUGACAUGUCAAAUCGACCAAUCAGCAAUCAACUACCUGGCUCGGUUCCUCGACUUCCGGUUCCAGGUUAUUGACAACCUUCAUGACCAGGGCACGACAUGUCAGCUUCUCUUCAAUCUGACCAAUCGGGGCAACAUUGUGAUCCAGACGGGCCCCUGGAGCAUCUUCUUCAACAAGAUCCGGGGGAUAGCGCCCAGUCAGCUGGGGGAGGGGCUCGCGGAGCAGGGGUGGAGGCUGGACAGGGUCCAUGACACCCUCUAUCGCCUCUCCCCCACCCGCAACUUCUUCCCGCUCCCCCGAGGAGAGUCCCGCAUCAUCCGAUUCCUGGGUCUACAGUGGAUGUCCAGCCGGUCUGACGUCAUGCCUAACGUGUACGUCACCGCCGACGGGCUGAUCCCCAGGGUGAUCGCGAACACCCGCGACGAGGGCCUGGAGUACGGGGGCACCUACAACUCCCUGGAGCAGUGGAAGCGAGACACGGACGAUCUGUACAACCCGCCCACGACACAGGAGAGGUUCCAGCGGAACCAAGGGUCUGAGGGAGAGGCAGGGGGGACAGGGGGGACAGGGGGAGAUGAGUGGCGGAGGAGGCUGAUUCCACAGCCUCUCAUAGCAGUGUUCGACACGUCAAGGGAUCUCACCAUAGCAGACCAGUGGGCCAUAGUUGCUGACAGUCAAGUCAACUGGGAGGCUAACUUUCUGGCAGGUCAGUUACGAAUGAAUCGCCCAACACAGAUCAACCAGACAAAUGAUGCUAUCAGACUCAGGAUGGGGCAGGUCGAUCUUAGUGACGUCACGGACAGAAGGCUCUUCAACAGUAGCGACGCGUAUCGUCUAACAGCGGACCCGACAACCAAUACUGUAGAAAUCACUGGCCAGGGACCAUCUGGUGUUUUCUAUGGCAUACAUUCCCUUCUGAUGCUCUUGAAUGGUGGCCGUGUGGUGCCCCAAAUGAGAAUAACAGAUGCUCCCCGAUUUGAAUACAGAGGCAUGCAUUUGGACGUUUCAAGGAACUUCCUUCCGAAACAGGAUGUGCUGAGACUUCUGGGAGCCAUGUCAGUGUACAAGAUAAACAAGUUCCACUUCCAUCUGUCGGACGACCAGGGCUGGCGGCUGGAGAUUCCUGGACUGCCAGACCUCACAAGGUUUGGGUCAAGGAGAUGUCAUGACCUCAGUGAGAACCUUUGCCUCCUGCCACAGAUUGGUUCAGGACCUGACACAGGCACUUCCGGUUCCGGUUUCUAUACCAUCGCCGAUUAUCGUGAGAUUUUACAGUUUGCGAGACAACGCCAUAUCGAGGUGAUCCCCGAGUUCGACAUGCCUGGCCACUCCAGGGCUGCCAUCAAAUCCAUGGAAGUGAGACAGCGGAGACUCGCCAGACAGAGGAGAGCGGCUGAAGGGAGGGCUUACCUGUUGACAGACGAGCGGAGCAGCCUCCGCAACCCGCGGGAGGAGAUGUUCCACAACAACGCCAUCAACCCGUGUGUGCCGUCCACCUACCGCUUUGUGGACCACGUGCUGAACGAGCUGGUGCAGAUGCAUCGAGACGUCAACCCGCUGCGGGUGUUCCACUUCGGAGGUGAUGAAGUCUGGGGCCGAACGUGGAACCAUUCCAUCUCGUGUCAGAGACUUCGACUGUCGGACCCCGUAGCAAACGUCAGCCUCGCCCGCUACUUCGCCAACAGAGUGUCGCGGUUAGCUGCUGCCCGGAACUUGUCACUAGGAGGCUGGGAGGACGGGCUGGUGCAUGAUGGGAAGCUGCACGACAGGAGAGAACUCGCGACCCCGGAUGUGUUCGUCUACCCCUGGAAUAAUCACUGGCAGUGGGGGCAUUACAACAACUCCUACAGACUGGCUAAUGCUGGGUUCAAGGUCAUCAUGAGUCAGGCUACCCAUCUGUACUUCGACCACCCGUAUGAAGCUGACCCGGAAGAACGAGGUCUCAUCUGGGCUACCCGGUUCACAGACACCCGGAAAGUGUUCGACUUCUCUCCCUUGAAUCUGUAUUCCAACAUCGACUGGGGCCGCUCCGGGGAGCCACUCUCGACUGCGGACGUGUGUGGGGAUGACGGCAGCCACUGUGUUCAGCUGACGAGUCCAGAAAAUGUUAUAGGGAUGCAGGGGCACCUGUGGACGGAGACAGUUCGGACAGCUGACCAGAUGGACUACAUGAUCUAUCCCCGUCUACUGGCUCUGGCAGAACGUGCUUGGCACGAGGCACCAUGGGAACAUCUGCCGAGUGGACCACAGCGCCUCCUGCAAGAGACCAAGGACUGGAACUCUUUCAUCUCCGCGGUAGGACACAGGGAAAUACGCCGGAUGGACCAGGCUGGCAUUCAGUACAGAAUUCCUCCGCCCGGUGCUCGAAUGGAAGGGACCCGACUUGUAACAAACAACGUGUAUCCCGGCAUGCCCGUCCAGUUCCGGUCACGUGACACAGAUCGCUGGCAGGACGUGCCACGUGACAUGGAGAUUAGAGACAACCAGACAUUGUUCCUCAGAUCAAGGUCCCACGACAGUCGGCGGUUCAGCAGGGGUGUACCCUUCACCCCCCACCCGGCACCCACCCUCCCCAUCGUCACCCUCAACACCAUCGAGAUGAUCGCGGAGUACCUGCAAGUAAACCUCACCGUCAUAGACAACACGGCCCAGCCUGAUCGCAGCCUCGUCGACAUGACCCUCACCAACACCAACGACUCUGACAUCGUGGCCGGCAACUGGGAGAUAUACAUGUUUAGUUUCGGGCAGCUCUUCCCGCCUAACCUCGUGCACAACCCCCAAGGAUAUAUCCUGCAGGAUCACAAGCUAAGGUUCACUCAUGUUAAAGGCUCACUGUUCAAGUUCCAGCCUGUUCCUGGAUUUCGAGCGCUGCGGCCGAACGAGCCUCGAGUUGUCAGGCUGGUUGUAGGGAUGUCGCUGGCCGCCAGGAAUCACGUCUUGCCCAACUGGUACGUGACGGCGGAGGGGAUGUCUCCACGGACGUUGAACGCCACGAAAGGGGAGGAGCUGUAUUUUCUGGGGCCCUUUACUAAUGGGAGGCAGUGGAAGACCGGCAUUGACGACAGGUACAACCCUUGGAGCCUGGAGGACCGCUUUACCGUGAACCAGCUGACUGAGGACCUCGGAGGACCAGGGGGACUUAUUCUCCCAACACCACUGGAAACACAGAUAGACAACAGUUCCAGCGUGUUGCUGUCCGAGUGCUGCUGGGGUGUGGCUGCAGACACCACCUUCAUCAGAGAGGCGCAGUUUCUUGUAGCCACCCUGAACAUGAGCUCAGUGACAUUGUCCUGGAACCGUCUAGCGUCACGUGUCAUAGAGCUCAGACGCGGGAACCCGGAUGUGAGGGUGAACGGCCAGGUGACCUCGUCACGAGAAGCAUACACACUGACUGUGGAUCCGGGGAGACAGGUGGUGACGAUAGUGUCACGUGACCCUGCAGGUGCUUUCUAUGGGGUGCAGAGUUUGCUGAGCUUGUGUCGAGAUGGGACCGGGGGGUUCACGGGAGAGGUGCCGAGAGCAACAGUGAAGGAUGCUCCCAGACUUGAAUACAGAGGCUUACUGAUGGAAGUAGCACGUAACUUCCGGUCUAAGGAGGAAGUGAUGAAAGUGAUGAACGUAAUGGCGGCUUACAAGAUGAAUCGGUUCCUGUUCCACCUGGGUGACGACGAGGGGUGGCGCCUGGAGAUACCAGGGCUCCCAGACCUCACCAGGGUAGCUGGGAGGCGUUGUCAUGACCUCACAGAGACAAACUGCCUUCUCCCUCAGCUGGGAUCAGGGGGAGACAACUCAACUUCCGGUUCCGGGUUCUAUACCGUAGAGGACUACAGAGAAAUUAUCAGAUAUGCUGCAGAGAGGCACAUCGAGGUAGUGGAGAUGUUUGACAUGCCGGGCCACUCACGGGCCGGGAUCAUUGCCAUGCAGGCCCGACAAGCCCGGCUACGUGACCUCGGUGACCCCACAGCAGACGACUUCCUGUUGACUGACGCAGACGACAACCUGGACUUCCUGUCUGUGCAGAUGUUUGACGACAACAUGGUGAACCCGUGUCUGGACUCGACUUACAGAUUCAUCCGCCAUGUGCUGCAAGAAGUGCAGAGAAUGAGACGAGAUAUAGACCCAAUGCGGACGUAUCACUUUGUAGGCGGUGAAGUGAGAGACGUGUUUGUUAAUUCUUCCGCGUGUAGGGCGCGACGACUGGACAGGAAUGGGGUGAGGGAGUUCUUUGCGGAGCGUGUGUCACGUAUAGCAUCUGAUCUCCGCAUCACCCUGUCGGGAUGGGUGGAUGGACUGAUGGAGACGGGGGAAACACCCCUCCGCAGGCUGUCCAACAUCCAUACCGCCAUGGUGUGGAACAACGCGUGGACUGGCGGCAGAGCAAACAGAGCCUACAGAAUGGCUAAUGCUGGAUACAAGGUCGUGCUAGGCCAUGCCACCCACCUGUACUUGGACCACCCACAGGAGCCCGACCCCCUGGAGCGCGGCUUGUUUUGGGCUACUCGCUACACAGACGCCAGGAAAAUGUUUUGGUACACGCCGGACGACGUGUACAGCAACGUUGACGUCACCUUCACCGGGGAACCUCUGACACGGCAGGGCUACUGCGCACGGAGACAGGACAUGUGUCUCCCGUUAGAGCGACCACGGAACAUCAUAGGUAUCCAGGCCCAGAUAUUCAGCGAGAUGACGCGGACGGCGGAACAGCAGGAGGGUCUCAUAUACCCCCGACUUCUGGCUGUGGCGGAGAGGGCGUGGCACCGGGCCGCGUGGGAGAACCUCACUGACGUCACGGCUAGAAACGCGUCGCGAGUUCAGGACUGGAGUCGUUUUGCUAACACACUUGGGUACAAAGAGUUACCGUUCUUGGACAGGCUUGGCGUGUCGUAUAGAGUUCCACCACCAGGGGCCAGGGGUCAAGGCCGAAGGUGGGAGGUCAACACGGAGUACCCCAACCAGAACGUCGAGGUGAGCUACGACAACGGCGCCACCUGGGACAACGUCGUCUCUGACACCGUUACGGCCCCAGAUGAGGAGGUCCCCCAUUUCAGGACAAGGUCCCCUGUCCAACAGCGCUACAGCCGUGUGGUACCAUCGUCCAGCGUCAACGUCGCCCCAUUCUCCUCCGUCGUCGCCGCCAUCACAGUAAUCACUCUUAUCGUUCAGCUCUGUAAACGCUGACACUGUCAUGUCAUUCUGUAUGAAAGCAUUAUUUAUUCUUGUAACGAACCAUAAACGAACUGGUUGUAUAACGUCGAGCGACAUGGUCGCGAUGCUCAUGUAUAUGUGUGUAUCCCACCCUGUAUAUAGACUGCAUAGUGUCCUAUGUUCUCCUGCAGAGUGAGUGAGGGAGGGAUCAACGGCCGGUAGUGUCACGCCAGACGCGCACCUAUAAUCAACUCAAGUCUAUAAACCUGGCACGGUGGUUGUCCUGUUCACCUUCAGACAACCUUGACCUUGUUAUCUGGCACAGUGGCUAUCGCACCUGUAAUCAACUCUAUCCUAUGUACCUGGCACAAUGGUUGCACACCUGUAAUCAACUCUGUCCUAAAUACCUGGCACAAUGGCAACGCACCUGUAAUCAACUCUGUCCCAAAUACCUGGCACAAUGGCAACACACCUGUAAUCAACUCUGUCCUAAAUACCUGGCACAACGGCAACACACCUGUAAUAUACUCUAUCCUAAAUACCUGGCAGAUUGACAACACACCUGUAAUCAACUCUGUCCUAAAUACCUGGCAGAAUGACAACACACCUGUAAUCAACUCUGCCCUAAAUACCUCGCAGAAUUGUUACACACCUGUAAUCAACUCUGUCCCAAAUACCUGGCACAAUGACAACACACCUGUAAUCAACUCUGUCCUAAAUACCUGGCACAAUGGCAACACACCUGUAAUCAAUUCUGAGAGGCGAUGUUGAUGAAGUGAUAUAACGUCAUCACCGAGACGACGAAUGUUUGUGUAUAUCUGAUGUACAUCUUUAUUAUGUUGUCUCUGCAGGACAGGCGUUUCAGAAACGUUUCGUAUUUUUGAACGUAAUAAAAUGACGUUAUGCUACAUGUUUGGCAGAAUUACGUCGUUUUGUGGUGUAACUUACAAAGAGAUUGGGCUAUUAGAUUGAUUUGACUUAUUGUUUAGUGGUUGACGUUAGAGAGUUCUUAUUGGUCUCCAGCGUAACGUCUUCGUAACUAUGCAGUGCAGGUGACGUUACUGUAUUGUUUAGUGGUUGACGUUAGAGAGUUCUUAUCGGUCUCCAGCGUAACGUCUUCGUAACUAUGCAGUGCAGGUGACGUUACUGUAUUGUUUAGUGGUUGACGUGAGAGAGUUCUUAUUGGUCUCCAGCGUAACGUCUUUUAUUGUUUAGUAGUUGACGUUAGAGAGUUCUUAUUGGUCUCCAGCGUAACGUCUUUUAUUGUUUAGUGGUUGACGUUAGAGAGUUCUAAUGGUCUCCACCGUAACGUCUUCGUAACUGUGGACGUGUAUGUGUGAAGCUGAUCGUCGUCGUUAUAAAAGUUCUAACUGUGCAGUGCAGGUGACGUUACUGUAUGGUGAUAACCUGCCAUUAAACCUGCAGCGGAUUUGAAUCACUUUCUACGUGAUAACUGAAGCAGACAUGACGUCAGUUUGUUAUCAAUGGCUUCCAGCGUCACGUAACUCAUGUUGAUGGUAUUGAUAGUUCUGUGAUGAACAUGAACGUGUGUUUAUCCCAGGUAACGACAAUGUGACAAUAAAAGUGUGAAGUACA